AUGGCCACCGGAAGUAACACCCAAGAGAUUAUUAGGCCGAGCCCUGAGCUGCCGAAGCAACUGCCCUUUGACUUUCUGAAGAAGAUUACAAACGAUUUCUCGACUGAGCGGAAGAUUGGUGGAGGUCCAUUUGGAAACGUUUAUAAGGGAGUUGUGCCAGAUGAUGGCAGAGUGCUCGCGGUGAAGAAACUUCAGGAAAACGCGCCGAUGCCGCCUGACAAGACAUUCAACAAUGAGGUUCAGAACAUUAUGGCGCUCAAACAUGAAAACAUAGUCGAGUUGGUUGGAUUCUGCUGGGAAACACAGAAGAAACUGGUGCAGUUCAAUGGAAGGUAUAUUCAGGCAGACAUCACUGAAAGUUUACUCUGCUAUGAGUAUCUACCUAAUGGGAGCCUUCAACAGAAUCUUUUCGGAACAAAAACAGCUGAGGCUGUCUCUUCAGCUGAACCUGCUAUCGAUUGGGCCACACGCUUCAAGAUAAUCAAGGGAAUUUGCCAGGGUUUACUGUUUCUACACAAGUUGGAUAUUCCCAUUAUUCAUAUGGAUCUGAAGCCUGAAAAUAUAUUAUUGGAUGGAAAUAUGGUUCCAAAGAUUGCUGAUUUUGGACUCUCGAGGGUCUUUGGCCAAGAACAAACCCGAUUGUACACACAAACAGUUGUGGGAUCAUAUGGGUACAUGGCUCCAGAAUAUCUAUACAGAGGUGAAAUUUCGGCCCAGUCAGACAUAUAUAGUUUAGGCUUAUUAAUACUCGAGAUCAGUACUGGAGAGCAGAACUGCAAAGACAAAAACCAACCCUCAGCAAGAAACUUUAUUGAUAAAGUACGCGAAGAUUGGACACUGGAGCACAUAGCGUCCAAAUAUGCAUCCUUAGAUACAGAAGGCCUCCAUCAAGUUAAAAUAUGCAUUGAAGUUGGGCUAAAAUGUGCUGAGAUUGAUCGGCGAGUCAGGCCUCCCAUAGAAGAAAUUGUUGACACGCUCAACGGACUACGUGCAAACGAAAUGGCAAACGAGGUAAAUAACAGCCCUCAUGCAUCUCCGGUUAGCAAGAAGAUGGGUUUUCUAGGAGGUUUCAAGAAGAAAUAA